ACGAAGAUGAACAUACCAACCCGCCCAUACUCAGCACGAUUAAGACCCUCCUCUCGUUUCCAUCCCACAGCACGCACAACGUGCCCGCUCUCACUCACUCACCUCCCUUCACUCCCACCCAGAUAAGCCCCCUCCUCCGUGAUCACGGCCCAAAUCUGGACAACGACCAAUGCAGCAGCAACAACUCUAUCGCACAAUGGCCCGGCGGGCGAGCUUCAGGACACUAAUCGAUCGGGGUUGGGGGGAGGGCCAAGCAAACAUGUGCGACCGCUGCAGCGUGGCGUCGUGCGUGGUGAGUGAGCGCCCGUGCGUGCGUACUUUUGAGCGCAGAGCAUGCGUGCGUGCACGGUCAUUCCCGCUUCCCACGAUUGUCUUCACGGUCUCGGCGAUUGGACUGGUUGUGACCGGUUCUCGUUCAAGGGAAGGCAGGCUAAGCGAAGAGGCGGCGGCGGCCCUCCCCCACUUGCGAGGGAUCAGGCUCUCUUGGUACGGUACGGUACGGUACGUCAGGGCGGGCGUUCAUUUCGCGAUGGCGCAAACAAAAACGUGCAUCCUCCGAUUGAGCGUGCGUGCGUGCGUGCAUGCGUGCGUGCAAUAUUGCGGGUGGUACCAUUCAAAUUCUACUCUCAACGAUCGGGGCUUGCUUGCGCUUGUCUCGCUCAUUCGCCGCGGACCGCGGACCCCGAUGUGGAAGUUGAGCUGUCUGAGCUGAGCAGCGGGGCUCAGCCCAGCUCCGCCGAUGAUUUUGAUUUUUUGAUGAAUUUCACG